GCACGGCAUCCUGGGUUAAUUAAACCAUCUUUGCGCAUCCGAACCCAAAUAUCCCAUAAGAGGAUUCAUCAACCCUGUUUGAUUAAUUUUGUAUUCAGUGAAGAUAAAAAUAAGCUUUAAGCUUCGAAAUUUCAAGGUGGGCAAUAAAGCUGAAAUGGAAGGAAACGCACCCCUAAACCCUGAAGCAGAGCCACGCUCUCCUCAGUCCGAGUUACUCUGUAAAACCCUAACUCCGAGUUUCUGCUCCACAAGGCACCAGCUAUGGCGCUUAGCUCACUUCGUCUCCGUCGAACCCUAACCACCUUAUCUACUCUCCAUCGCUCUCUCACCGCAGCUUCUUCAUCAGUCUCGGCUCCGCCUGUUCUUCAUCUCCACAAUUUCAUACAAUCACCGGUUGCUUCACCAGUUCAGUCUCUUGUCCAGCUCCUUCAAUCUCGUACAUUCAGGUCGUGUGCGAUAUCGCUAUUGUCCACCCGGUCGGCGUACAAUAGCAGUAACAACCAGAGCGGCGAGAUUGGGCCCGAUACGAUACUUUUCGAAGGUUGCGAUUAUAACCACUGGCUAAUCGUCAUGGAUUUCCCUAAGGAUCAAAAGAUUCCUCCUGAAGAGAUGGUUCGCACGUACGAAGAGACUUGUGCUAAGGGCUUGAACAUCAGGUUGGUGUAUUUUAGAGUGGCUUUGGGUUUGAAAGGUUAGUGGUUUGCCUUUGUGAUUUUUGCCCUGAUUAUAGAUUGUUAUUGUCAUUUCCAUGAAGAGGCAAAAAAGAAAAUAUAUGCUUGUAGCACAAUGACUUAUGUAGGAUUUCAAGCAGUGAUGACAAGAAGAGUCAAAAAAGUUUCAUGGUAAAACGUUGGUGGCAUUUUUAAUGUUUUUACUACGAAUAAGAAUAAUAUGCGGUAAUGAUGCACAAUUGUUUUACUUUUUG